AUGUUUAACAGUGUCAAGGGUGGUUGGAGAUUUAUGGUUGGUUCUUCUUUGGUUUUCUCAACAGCUUUGUUCAUUGGUUUGUUCUUCUUGCCAGAAUCCCCUCGUUGGUUGGUUCAUAAGGGUAAAUAUGGCAUGGCUUACAAAGUUUGGAAGAGAUUGAGAGAUAUCCUGGACGACAAAGCCAAACUUGAGUUCUUGGAAAUGAGACAAGCUGCAUACGAAGAGCAUGACAGACGUGCGCAUGAAUCCAAAUUCAGCAGCUGGGUCGAUUUGUUCACCAUUGCGAGAAACAGAAGAGCUCUUAACUACGCAGUGAUUAUGGUUACUUUGGGUCAGUUGACUGGUGUCAACGCUGUCAUGUAUUAUAUGUCUACAUUGAUGGGUGCUAUUGGAUUCAAUGAGAAGAACUCUGUUUUCAUGUCGCUUGUUGGUGGUGGCUCAUUGCUUAUCGGUACUAUUCCCGCCAUUUUGUGGAUGGAUAGAUAUGGUAGAAGAUUGUGGGGUUACAACAUCAUUGGAUUCUUCGUUGGUUUGGUUCUUGUUGGUGUUGGAUAUCGUUUCAACCCUCACACCCACAAAGCAGCAGCAGAAGGUGUCUAUUUGUCUGGUCUUAUUCUUUACUUUUUGUUCUUCGGAUCUUAUUCCACAUUGACUUGGGUUGUACCAUCUGAGUCUUUUGAUUUGAAGACAAGAUCUUUGGGUAUGACUAUCUGUUCGUCGUUCCUCUACUUAUGGUCAUUCACUGUUACUUACAACUUUGCCAAAAUGAAGCAGGCAUUCACAUACACCGGCUUGACUUUGGGCUUCUACGGAGGUAUUGCUUUUAUUGGUUUGAUUUACCAAAUGUUGUUCAUGCCAGAAACGAAGGACAAGACAUUGGAAGAGAUUGAUGACAUUUUCAGUCGUUCAUCCUUCUCUAUUGCACGCGAGAACCUUGCCAACAUCAAGAAAGGUAAGUUCUACUAA